AUGCGCACUGUGAUCUUCUUUGAUUUGGAAAAUGUUCUUAUGGCCUUUGUUUUUGUGUUUCAGAGAUUGAAACCGUAUCAUAUAUGCAAACUUGGUAAGGGUUUGAUUGCGAAUCAAGCGAUGGCAUCGCUAAUCAAAGCUCCUCCCACAAUGUCGACUAUUAAUGUUCCCCAAGUCCAUCUCAGGAAACUGAAAUUGCUAAGCAACUCAAACAUGCAUAAUGAUCUCAGGUUUCCUAGAAUUCGUGUUAAUCAUUCCCCUGUUUGCUGCACCAAAUUGACUCCAUGGGAACCUUCACCUGUCACAUAUGCUCCUACUGUUGAUGAUACUGCUGGUAACUUAUUGAAGAAAACUAGCAACAUAUUUGAAACUUUGAAGUCUGAAGACACAGCUGAAGCAUCAGCAACCAACAGUGAAGAGCUUACAGAUAGAAGGAAUUCAUUGGUGCAAUUUCAGUUUCUUAAAUGGCCGAUGUGGCUUCUGGGCCCUUCUCUUCUUCUGACUACAGGAAUGGUACCAACAUUAUGGCUGCCUCUAUCUUCCAUAUUCCUUGGUCCCAAUAUAGCCAGUCUGCUUUCCUUGAUUGGACUGGAUUGUAUCUUCAAUCUUGGUGCUACCCUUUUUCUUCUAAUGGCUGAUUCUUGUUCCCGGCCCAAAAACCAGGCACAAACCUGCAAUAGCAAGCCUCCGUUGAGUUACAAAUUCUGGAACAUGGUUGCAUCUGUUUCUGGUUUUGUGAUUCCCUUGAUGAUGUUAUUGGGAUCCCAAAAAGGCUUCCUCCAACCCCAGCUGCCUUUCAUCCCAUUUGCAGUUCUAUUGGGUCCUUACUUGCUACUUUUAUCUGUACAGAUUCUGACUGAGUUACUGACCUGGCACUGGCAGUCUCCAGUAUGGUUGGUAACCCCAGUUGUGUAUGAGUCUUAUCGGGUGUUACAGCUGAUGAGGGGAUUGAAGCUUGGGGCUGAGCUCAGUGCUCCAGCAUGGAUGUUGCAUAUGAUUAGGGGGCUGGUAUGUUGGUGGAUUUUAAUCCUCGGUAUUCAGCUCAUGAGUGUUGCUUGGUUUGCUGGUUUCGCUGCUCGAUCUCAGCAGCCACGGUCCUCUGCUUCUUCUGGUGGUUAA